GCGAGAGGAAAAUGAAAAUGAAUAUAUUUUUUGCCCUGACGCCAGCGCUGACUGCACCGGCUGGAGGAAGGCAGGGUCAGCGUCCGCCGCUCCUCGCCUUUCUGGUUUUCUGGUCUUCUCACCGACUAGAUUCUCGCUUGGGGCUGGCCGGCCGGACUGCCCUUUCCAUGGGCUGUGCUUGCUCAAAAGUCGGCUUGGGUAUCCGAGAUGAUUUCCCGGUGCCUGAAGGGACCUGACUGAGCAUUUGUGCUUGUGCUGGGAAAUAGAAAUUCGAGAAAAAAAAAAAAAAAUUGUCCUGUUCCCAUCAACAAGUCUGAGUCUAGCAGCCCAGCAUUUCCCACCAACUUUGAGUGGAAUGGAAUGAGGAGUGGAGGUAAGGAAAGGACUGAGGCAUUUUCAAAAAUUAUUAUACACUUCGUUAGAAAAAAAAAAAAAAAAAAGAUAUAUCGGAGCAACUAAGUCUUUCUACCUACAAGGGGAAGUUGGAUCCUACUUCCCCUGGAGUUGAGAAAACCUCAUCUGCAAGAAGUUUUCUCUAGAGGCUGUAUUCCUCUCACUAGGGAGAACAUAUAUUGAACCCACCUCGUCCGCCUUUCAGGAAACACACGCGCGCGCGCGCACACACACACACAACAAGGGAGGGGACCUAAGGGGGAAGGGUAGCUGUUGGGAGGGGGAGAGGGAAAAUAAUUCUUCAAAAAAGAAAAGUCAGUCUUCUCCUCUCCAGUCUGUGGAAAAUCCAACGGGGACGUUUACAAGAGGAUAUUUUUAGGAAACACAUCCAAAUACACAGGGGUAAGAGUGAAUGUGAGAAAAAAAAAAAAAAAGUUGUGGGUUGUAGAAGUUAUCAAGUGGGAUUUGCGGCGCUCUCUGCAGGAAACGCGAGCGGCUCCAGUUCAAAGCCACAUGCACCAACGUGACAUAUAAGCCAUUAAAAUAUCAUCCUGACGGCUCAUUUCUGCUUCAUCAUACAUUCCCUAACUGCUUCCCGAAAGCUGGAAAAGGAGAAAUGAAGGAUGACCGCCUCGCUGGAACCACAAAAGAGAGGCUUGGAGGGGUUUGUGGUCCCCUCUCAGCCACCCCGAAAUGAUGUGCAGAAAUGAGGCGAUCCUGGCAACAGGUGGAGUGGGGCUCAAAGUCAGAAAAUGAGAUACAAGACAUCCUUGGUGAUGAGGAAACGAUUACGGCUUUACCGAAACACUCUGAAAGAGUCAAGUAGCAGCUCUGGACACCAUGGCCCCCAGCUCGCCGCCGCCUCCAGCCCCUCGGUGUUCCCGGGCCUCCAUGAGGAGCCUCCCCAGGCCUCCCCCAGCCAUCCUUUGAAUGGACUCCUGCGUCUGGGGCUCCCUGGAGACAUGUACGCGCGGCCAGAACCCUUCCCGCCAGGGCCUGCGGCCCGCAGCGACGCCCUGGCAGCUGCCGCAGCUCUACAUGGCUACGGGGGCAUGAACCUGACGGUGAACCUCGCUGCGCCCCACGGUCCUGGCGCUUUCUUCCGCUACAUGCGCCAGCCCAUCAAACAGGAGCUCAUCUGCAAGUGGCUGGCGGCCGACGGCACCGCGCCCCCGAGCCUCUGCUCCAAAACUUUCAGCACCAUGCACGAGCUGGUCACGCACGUCACCGUGGAGCACGUCGGCGGCCCGGAGCAGGCCAACCACAUUUGCUUCUGGGAGGAGUGUCCGCGCCAGGGCAAGCCCUUCAAAGCCAAAUACAAACUUGUAAAUCACAUCCGCGUGCACACGGGCGAGAAGCCCUUCCCUUGUCCUUUCCCGGGGUGUGGGAAGGUCUUUGCUAGAUCAGAAAAUCUCAAAAUACACAAACGAACUCACACAGGCGAGAAGCCCUUCAGAUGCGAGUUCGAGGGCUGUGAGCGGCGCUUCGCCAACAGCAGCGACCGCAAGAAGCAUUCGCACGUGCACACUAGCGACAAGCCAUACACGUGCAAGGUGCGGGGCUGCGACAAGUGCUACACGCACCCCAGCUCGCUGCGUAAGCACAUGAAGGUGCACGGGCGCUCGCCGCCGCCCAGCUCUGGCUACGAUUCGGCUACACCGUCUGCCCUCGUGUCGCCCUCGUCAGACUGCGGCCACGAGUCCCAGGUGGCCUCCUCGGCGGCGGUGGCGGCGCGUAGUGCCGACUUGAGCGAAUGAUGUCCAUUGCGUUGCUCGCAAGGUAAUCUCGCUCCGCGCAGCUGAGCGCCCCGCAUCUUGCGCCUGCUACAUCAAAGGGCCCGCGCACAAAGCAGUGUUUCUUCGCCACGGUGCAUCUUCAUGGUAAGUUAGGAUUUCUAUGGCAAUGGGCAAGUCGCACUGAAAUCCUGAAAGGCCAAGCCUGGAGCCCGUCCAGGCUUUUCAUUAAGGACAUAAUAUUUACGUCUAACAGACCUUUUUUCUUGUGUAUACAAGUAUAUAUUUUUGUUUGACGCGGACUAAAUCAUUUUCAUUUAAUUUCCGGUAAACAAAACCCACGCGAAUGGGCACUUGUACCCGAUCAUAAUAAAAAUGGAUAAUAAUGUGAAGGAAGAAAAGAGCCGCUUGAAUCGCCGCUCAGCCCCCUUUGUUUCUGCUUUCUGCGGUGAUCAGAGGGCGCAUUUGGGUUUGAUGGCGAGUUUCUAAAGGCGAGGAAAUGGUUUGUAAGAGGGGAAAGAAAAGGAGAAAGGUCUAAUCAAGCUAGGGUUGUUCAAAGAGUCGGGUUUUGGGGUUGAAAGUGUGAGUUUGACGGUGCAUCAGCAUGCCGCGUUAGGCUCGCCAUGGAAAUACGCGCGGGGAGCGGCCGCUUCAAAGGCGGCACACUUCACUACAGACACUCUAUUAAGAUACAUUUGCGCUGACCUUUGCUUUCACGCCAUUUAAUACUGUCACUGCGCUCUCCAGUAUAUACUUCCUUCCUAGAACCCGACUUGCCCGCGUUUAGGGGUUCACCCUGCACCCGGAUGUGGGAGGCUUUGGAGCAGGGGACACUUUCAGGAAAGGGAGGAGCACAAGGACUCUGUGCAUCUUGACUGCGCACCAAAGAGCUCCAGGAUCAGGAGUGAAAGAUUUUAAAGCAGCCUCCGAAGCUUAACAAAUGAGCAUUCCAAACUCAGUUUUGUGCAAAUCGCCUUUCUGACUCUUGAGUAGGAUGGAGGCUUAAGUUUAAUGGGGACUUGUGGGGAAGGGAGCCACCCUGGGGGAGUCUGAGGAGUUCAGUCUGUGGCCCUUGGGACAUUUCCACUCUGGCUUUCCUUACCACUCUUCUUCCUCUCCAUCCCAUAAGUCUCUUGCGGCCCCUCAAACUUGUUUCUUUCUAAGGCAGGGUGUGUGGUACCUUAGGCCUGGACUUGUCCUAGAUGCAAACUCAAGAGCCCAAGGCCAAGGGGAUAUGGGGAAGAUGGCAGGAAAGUUAGAAGUCCAUGUUCCCUUAAUUGUCUUGUUGUUUAUUUUAUCCAAGUACCCCAGUGAAUAGGGGAAAAAUAAACACAGUGAAAAAAAAAAAUCAAACAGUGGAGUCUUCUUUAGUGCCAGUCCUUGUGGUUGAAUAAAAAGGAUGGUCCGCUUUCUAUUGAGCUGAGAAAUCUUUGAAGUGGGAGUUAUUAUCUGAGACAUUCCUGCUUGUCGUCCUAACAACGCUGAUGAAACGUAAAAGGUUCUUUGUCAGCGAUUUGUUCUCCUCUCUGUCAAACUCCCUCUGCCCCGUUAGUUUCAAACCGUUUCUAAAGAGAUAAAAAUCAAACUUCUUUUAAAAAAAUAUCCGCACACUGCACCAAUACAUAACUUUAGGACUAAGUCUUGCUAAGGGAUAAACAAAAGCAAUGCCUAGACAUCAGGGUCAGGGCCUGGCCUGGUGAAGUAUGCAGAAGUUGGGGUACCCUCGGGACAAGCUUUGGGACAUGAGGAAAAGUAUGCAGAGAGCGUCCAAGCAGAAUACAUACCCUAAGUCCAUAAUUGUAUGUCUGCUUUCUUCUGCUCUGACUUGCACUCAAUCAGCCCAAGUUGGUUCACCUGGAUGGGUUCCUUCGGGUACCCCUCAAGCUGCUAAUAUUCUUGCCCAGGAUCCUUGGAACUUAAGAUUGCAGCCAAGCAAUUGUUAAUAUCUCCUGCUCCUUCAAAGCCACCUCUGCUAAAAAUAGACCCAUUGUGUAUUUCUUCUCACUAGCAGCAAUCAACAAGCCCUUUCUGCCAUUAAUAAGAAGGAGAAUAGCUGAAGGAGAGAGAUGUUUUAUUAAUUUCCUGUUUCCUUCAGAAUCUUGGCAGUUGAAGCUUAGAAGAUUUGGUCUACAACAUAGUGAUCGAAAAUGCAUGCAAAUGCCCAUCCUUCCCCUCAUUCACAUGUGCAGUUGUUCAUUUUAUAUUGUGCCCAAGAAAGAAACUUUCACCCAGUUCAGGUUUCCCCAAAACUCCUGUUGUGGUUUUAAAGGUGGUUUAAAUAAAUAAGGAUGUGCUGGUCCCACUACACUGUGUGUGCUGAAUAAAUGACUUGUAAAGUUUUCCGAGCUGUAACCCAUGCUGUUAUUAUAGUUGCUGCAAAAUGUUGUUUCUGAUAUUGAUUUUAUUUGUUAACUGGAGGUCUCCAUAUGUUUGUUUAUAUUGCUAAUUUAUGAGAAAAUGUAAUAAUCGCAAUGAAUGUGAAUUAUACAGACAGGCAAACAUUUUGUAAUCAUAAUUCACAUAUACACAAAAGCCUGGCUGAAACCUUAGACUGUUUGUACCCUCUCUACCCACACUGUUUGUGAUUUAUCAUCUGUCUCCUUAGUGUCAGUUAAAUUAUGAACUAACUUGAAAAUAAAAAGUUGUUUGACUGAAAGUGAUUGUUGAAUGAACAACAAAGUUGAAAGCCAUGGCUUGAUCUUGUAAAUAUGUAAAUGUAAAUGAUAUUAAAUCUGUGAUUCCUUUUCCCUCCAAAGGCCUUUGUGUACAUGGCACUCCAUUUGGCUAUUUUCUUUGGAAAUAAAUGAUGUGAUGUUUCCCUUCCUCUUU